AUGCCUUUGGCUACCUCCACUUCAGAUCCUUGGCGAAUGCAGAAUGGAGAUAACACGGGAUCUUCAACCCAAUCAACAAAUAAUCUUCCAAUAGUGGUUGAAAAUGCAGCAGAGUCCCGUCAAGCAUCCACAGCUGAAAGCUUAGACACAGCUAGUGAUGUUAGUGAUGAAAGAGAGGUGGAAAUCCAAGAUGUUGUUAAAGAAGGCCAUGAUAAAGCAGACCCAUCCCAGUUUGAAUUGCUCAAAGUUCUUGGAGAAGGUUCCUUUGGAAAAGUAUUUUUAGUAAGAAAAGUUGUUGGUGCUGAUGCAGGCACUCUUUAUGCUAUGAAGGUACUUAAAAAAGCAACAUUAAAAGUAAGAGACAGAGAACGUACAAAAAUGGAAAGAAAUAUUCUAGUGGAAAUGGGCCAUCCAUUUAUUGUUAAAUUACAUUAUGCAUUUCAAACUGCCGGUAAACUUUACUUAAUAUUAGACUUUCUACGUGGCGGUGACUUGUUUUCGCGCCUCAGUAAAGAAGUAAUGUUUACUGAGGAGGAUGUAAAAUUUUAUCUAGCUGAACUAGCAUUAGCAUUAGAACAUGUACAUAGGCUUGGGAUUAUAUACAGGGAUCUCAAACCAGAGAAUAUUUUAUUAGAUGCUGAUGGCCACAUUGCACUGACUGAUUUUGGUUUAUCAAAGCUACCUCCAAGUAGUGAUAAAGCUUACAGUUUUUGUGGUACUGUAGAAUACAUGGCACCAGAAGUAGUUAACAGAAAAGGGCAUACAUUUGCAGCUGAUUGGUGGUCUUUUGGAGUACUUAUGUUUGAAAUGCUAACAGGAAAUCUGCCUUUCCAUGGCUCAACUAGACAUGAAACAAUGACCCAAAUAUUAAAAGCCAAACUUGGUAUGCCAUCAAACUUAAGUGAGGAAGCCCAAUCCUUACUCAGAGCAUUAUUUAAGAGAAAUCCACAGAAUAGACUCGGUGCUGGGCCUAACGGAAUCGAAGAUAUCAAAAAACACGAGUUCUUUGCAAGCAUAGACUGGGAUGCGCUUUUCAGAAAAGAGGUUAUCCCUCCAUUCCGACCUGCUGUCUCUAGAGCCGACGACGCAUUUUACUUUGAUUCAGAGUUCACAUGUCGCACUCCUCGGGACUCACCGGGGGUGCCGGCCUCAGCCAAUGCACAUGAACUAUUUCGUGGUUUCAGCUUUGUGGCUCCUUGUUUAUUGGACGAUGACAAUAAUAAAACUGUUACUAAUGAAAACCAAAAACAUGAAGAACAAAAUAAUAAGACAUCCACGGAAGAGUUUUGGGCUGGAUUCGUAAAUAGAAAUAAUUUCUUUGAUGAAUACAGAUUAAUGGGAGAACUAGGCACUGGCUCAUUCUCGGUCGUACGGCUAUGUGAACACAAAACCUCUAAAGUACAGUUUGCUGUUAAAAUUAUGGAUAAAUUGCAAUAUGACCCUCGGGAAGAGAUUGAGAUUUUGCUCAGAUACAGCCAACACCCUCAUAUAAUUACAUUACGUGGUGUGUACGAAGAAGGAGGUCGCAUCCUCGCUGUGACGGAGUUGUGUCGGGGCGGUGAACUGUUAGAGCACAUCACACAACGUCGAUACCUCCCCGAGCAUGAGGCUGCCCCCAUGCUCAGAAAUGUUCUUCACGCAGUGCAUUAUUUACAUAGACACACGGUCGUGCAUAGAGAUAUAAAGCCGUCAAACAUUCUAUUCGCCACAUCGGAAAAGAGACCAGAAGACAUUCGUCUGGUAGACUUCGGUUUAGCCAAACAGCUCCGCGCUGAGAACGGUCUUCUGAUGACGCCUUGCUACACUGCCAAUUUUGUGGCUCCUGAAGUGCUGAAAAGAGCUGGUUACGAUGCCGCUUGUGAUAUAUGGAGUUUAGGCGUGCUGGCCUACAUAAUGCUCUCCGGAAGGACCCCGUUCGCGUCGACCGGGGACGACACUCCGGAAGCGAUACUGGCGAGGAUCGAAUCGGGGAAGGUGGACCUGUCGAGCGGCCCGUGGCGCGAGGUGUCGGCGGGCGCGCGCGCCUGCGUGCGGCGCAUGCUGCAGCUGGAGCCGGGCGCGCGGCCCCGCGCCGCCGACCUGGCGCGCGAGGCGUGGCUCAGCGCGCCGCCGCCCGCGCCGCCGCACCCCGCGCCGCCGCACCCCGCGCCGCCGCCCGCCGACCUGCGCCGCGCCGUCGCCCUCACCUUCCAGGCGAUGACGGCGUCGCCCUUGACACCACAAGUGCUGGGUCCGGUAUCGCAGUCGACUUUGGCGCAACGCCGCAGUAAACCCCAGCGAUGUUUUCCACCGACGCAACUCUAA